AUGAACGAUCUAGCUCUGUCUGUGUCAAUGAAAGAUUCAUUCAAUCACUACUCGUGUAGAAAGCUACAGCAGUAUAUGGAGGAUGUGAUACUGCUGACCACAGUCAACCGGCACUGCGCCAAUCAGAAACUCAUCGUCGUCGAUUUCGAUGUUCCGCUCCGAAAUAUAAACUCGUGUACCAUCUUGGUAGAAGCUAGAAUGGAUGAGCAGACUAUAUGA